UAAACGUCGCGUUUCUCUGGUUUUCGCAUUGAAAAAUGAUCGUGAAAAGCUCGCAAGACUGGGACGACUCCGGGUCGGACCUGCAGAAUUACGGCGAGAUUUUCUUGCGGAUGUCGACGUCGGACAGAGAGGAGAGAGAGCGAGUCGGCGAGAAGAAAUCCUCGGUGUUGGAUGUGGAGGCGGAGACGGAUCAGGAGAGUUUUGCAUCGUCGGAGGAGAUGGAUGAGUCGCCGAGAUCGGUUGCGAAGUUCCGGCGAUGGACGCCGAAAAAGACCGCCUACGUGCAUAGUCAGGUUUUAAGGAUCAGGGAGGAAGAUUUGCAUCUCGGUGAGGAUAUCGAAGCGCGUGUGAGCGCCAAAAAUAAGCUCUCCUCCGUCCAUGGUGGCCACCACCAUCAUCCUCACCUGGUUGCUUUGCAUGUGAAUGCCACGCUUUUCUCAAGGCCGAUCUUGCCAGCUUCGCCUCUUCGCGGCAAGUCAAUACACUGACAAUCAAGAGGAAUGUGCAGAAAAACUCAAGAAAGAAAUCGUCCAGUUGGGAAUUGGGGGGAUUCCACGAGUUGAGUUGAGUUGCGUUUUCAAUUUCCUUCUUCCUAAUAGCAAGGUUGAUCGUAAAGAGAUGGAAGAGAGAAUUAUCUGUAGUUACUGCUGUUGUACAGUUAGGAAGGAAAUACU